CUUCCUCAUAAAAAUCUUCGAUUUCCGCCGCGCUGAUGGGCCCGACGACGAGGCGUCGCGGCUGGCGUUGUAGGCGUCGGGCGCGGCGGACCCAGGCGCUGCGGCGGGGCGGCUUCGGCCUGGAGUGCGGGCGCUACUGCAACGGCGAACUGGAGGAGAGGCUCCGGCAGUGGAGCCAGGCAUGGCUUGACGUCGCCAAGAAAAUCUCACCGCCUUCCCUUUCUUAUUUCGCACGCGCCAUAACACUGGCGACGGAGCUUUGACCUCGCCUCGUCGGAGGAUAGUCCCCUCAUCGUCCUUCCUCUCCUAAAAGCGCCCUAAUCCCGGGCCGAGAGUACCUCAGCCGGCGCCCGGCGCGCCUCUCCAUUUCCUUCUCUUGUUCGCUCCGUGCCGGCUGCGGGCGAGACCUCGCAGCGAUGUCGUCGGCGGCGGGGACACCAUCGGACGGCGGAGGGGAUAGGCCGUGGCAGUCAUACCACACCGCCUACACCAACGCCAAAGCUGGAAUGGAGGGAGUUGACAAAGAGAAGGUGCAGAAGGUGAUCUAUGAAAUGAGCAAGGGUUUCGAAAAUGAGCAGAAGGAGGCGAUUACCAAACUUAAAAUCGAGCAUCUGCGCACACAAUGUGCAAAGUUAACUGAUAAUGACAUAUCACAUUUUCAGAAGCAUCUCCAAGUCCUACAGCCCGGGUCAUCUCUGUCACCAACACAUACAACCUGGGUAGCAGUAUUCUGAUGGACUACCUUCUUCAGAGUGCAGACGAGCACAACACGGCUUCACUUGGGUCAGCAACAGCAGCACAGGCAGAGGAAGAUCAGGUUCGACGCAGAUCAGGUUCGACGCAGAGGAACCCACGAGCAGAAGAUCAGGUGCAACGCACAGGUUCAAUUUCAACCCAGUUGUGCGCUUGGGUUCAGGUUCAGGUUCUCCCACAGUGCAGAAGAUCAGCAGCAGCACCACGACAGAGGAGCAAUAGCAGCAACACGCAGAGCUCCACCUGUGACAGGGGAGAAGCAGCUGCGCGGGCGCG